UUCAUCAUCAUCAUUCGAAAAUCAUUUCGUAAAUUUUCUAUCAAAAUUGAUAAUUUAGUGAAACUGUGAUUGUGUAGAAUUAAACUAAGGUCUCAAUUAAUAAAGGUGCCUUUACAUAAAAUCGUACAAUGGCUGAUAGGGACCUAUCGAUGGGUCCCCGAGCCGGGGUUACUUACCCCGUAAGAGUGCAGUAUUGCGGCAAUUGUUCUAUGCCAAUAGAAUACUGCGAAUACUACCCAGAAUACGAUAAGUGCAAGCAAUGGCUCGAGAAAAACCUGCCUACUGAAUUCGAGAAAGUUAGGGUCGAUGAAGAAGAAAAUGCUGGUGGUGAAGAGGAGAAGAAAAGACAAAAGCGUGGCGGCAAGGGGAUGCUUAAAUCAAAGAAGAAGGAAGAUGUCCCUAAGCUGGUGCAAGUGUCACGAGCUCCCCGUGGGAAGAAGAAAUCUGUCACUGUUGUAUCUGGUCUAAGCACAUUUGAUAUAGAUUUGAAAGUAGCUGCUAAAUUUUUUGGCACAAAGUUUGCCUGUGGAUCUUCAGUUACGGGUGAUGAUGAAAUUGUCAUACAAGGAGAUGUUAAAGAUGAUCUCUUUGAUAUCAUACCAGAAAAAUGGCCAGAGAUUGAUGAAGAUAGUAUUGAAGAUUUGGGAGAUCAAAAAAGAUAAGCACCAGGAUUUGUGAAAAGAUCAAAAGUCCAUCAGAAAUUAAAGAUAUAAUUUAAGUCUUUUUACUUUAAUUACAAGUUCAAGGUUACUUGUGGUCAGUGUGUAUAUCUUUUUCGUACUGUUAUUGAUGUAUUAAGUAAAUAAAGUAACUGAAUAUAAAUUA